AUGGGCCGCUCGCUCGCGUCUGCUGCUGCGCUGGCAGCUAUCACCCUGCUCUCCGCCCUCCCCGCCGUCCGCGCCGACAUCCCUACCUGCGGGCCCAACAACCCGUGCCCCGCCAGCUCCCCGUGCUGCUCCCAGUACGGCCAGUGCGGCGUCGGCGCAUACUGCCUCGGCGGCUGCGACCCGCUGUUCUCGCACCAGCUCGAUUCGUGCGUGCCCGCCCCCGUGUGCAAUGCGGACAACUUCAAGAUCGACGGGCUCAGUGGCGUCACCGACAUCUCCAAGUACCUGGGUGAUGCGACCAAGACCAACUGGGUCUCGACCGGCAAGCCGCUCGAGUAUGACGGCGGCGUCCUGCUCACCAUGGCCCAGGACACCGUCGGCACUCUGCUGGCCAGCAGCCACUACGUCUGGUACGGCAAGAUCACCGCCAAGAUGACCACUUCCCAGGGCAAGGGCGUCGUCACCGCCUUCAUCAUGAUGAGUGACGCCAGGGACGAAAUCGACUUCGAGUUCAUCGGCACCGACAUUGACCACGCCCAGAGCAAUUUUUACAGCCAGGGAGUGACCAAUUACAACAAUGGCGAGCACCUCGACAUGUCUAGCGACACCGUCAACCAAGAGCACGAAUACGUCAUUGACUGGCAGCCCGACACCCUGACAUGGUCCAUUGACGGCAAGACCAUGCGUACCCUCAACCGCAAGGACACCUGGAAUUCCACCUCUAACCGCUUCGACUACCCGCAGACUCCUUCGCGUGUCAUGCUCUCGCUCUGGCCUGCUGGUCUCCCUUCCAAUGGCGAGGGUACUAUCGAAUGGGCCGGUGGCCUCGUCGAUUGGAGCAGCCAGUACAUGCAGAAUGGCUAUUACUACGCUCACUUCUCGUCCAUUGAGGUCGAGUGCUACGACCCGCCGUCGGGCGCCAAGAAGGAUGGCUCCAAGACCUACAUCUACGACGAUAUAGCCGGGACCAACGACACGGUCGUCAUCUCCAACAAACAGGUCGUCCUCGGCUCUCUGCAGGCUACUGGUGAGGACCCCGACAAGGGCGGCAAGUCGUCUUCCGCCUCUUCCGGCUCUACCAAGACCAGCUCUGCCGCUUCCUCUUCCAGCACGGCAGCAGCGCCCGAGUCGGUCCCUGGCGUGAGCGGUGCUGGUGCCCGCGGCGACUCUGGCACCACUUCGAGCUCGGACGGCUCAGACAGCUCUUCCAGCAGCGACAGCUCGUCCAGCAGCGAUGGUAGCGACAGCUCCAGCUCGUCGAGCUCUUCUGGGUCUCAGAGUUUCAGCCAAGGCAACGACGACUCCAGCAGCAGCAGCAGCAGCGAGGCGCCAGCGGGCCUCCAGGGCGUUGGUGCCAGCAUGAUUGCAUUUGUUGCCGCAUUUGCCACUCUUCUGAUGCUGUAG